CACGCAUAAACAAGGAGAGCAAGGCGGCGGCGCGGUAAUGGCGGCGGCGCCCUCCUGCACCUCACUUACCCACGCCUCCUACACGCCCUCGGACACCCAGCGCCUCGGGGGACCACCGCGCCGAGGACUCUAGGACCCCUGAAGGACCCGGCACCGAAGGACUCCCCUGCAGACCCGUGACAGGCGGAUGAGGAGGGAAUGUUUAGGUCUGGGUCGGCCAUGAGCAGCUCCAGACGCCCCUACACGCCCUCACUUUUUUUAGUUUCUGCCCCCGGGGAGACGCGCCCCGAGGGAGGAUCCGCCCCAGGGAGGGAGAAUAUACCCCAGGGAAGGAGUGGCCGCCAUGAUGGAUGACAUGUUUCUGGAGGGCAAGAUGGAGGUGGGGGAGGAGGUGCGGCGGCAGUGCCAUGACCCUAUGCUGGCCCCCACGCCGGUGCUGCUGGCUCGACGCGAGGUUCCGGCGCGCCACCCCCGGGCCACCACCACGCAGCUGCACCACAUCAGCGAGGAGAUGCUGGUUUACCGCAAGCACAACCUCCUCUCCUGCCAACUGCCCGGCUCACCCAAGUCCACUUUCCUUAUGGUGUUCAGCCCCGAUGGGUCAAAGGUCGCCUCCACCCAUGGCGACCACAACAUCUACGUCAGCGAGGUCAACACAGGUCAGUGCAUCUGUACGCUGGAGGGACACCCGCGAACCCCAUGGUGCGUGGCCUUCCACCCCGCCUCCAAUGAGAUAGUGGCCUCAGGCUGCCUCGGCGGGGAGGUGCGCGUGUGGGACCUCAAGGGCGGCAGUGAGGUGUGGACGACAGAGAAGAGCACGGUGAUUGCCUCCCUCGCCUUCCACCCCACGGACAAGGUGCUGGUCAUCGCCACCUACAAUGAGAUAUACUUCUGGGAUUGGUUUCAGCCGCAGCCCUUCACCAAGAUAUGCACAGCUGAUGAGAAGGAGAAAGUCAGGUACGUCAAAUUCGACCCGCUCGGCCACAAGCUCAUCACGGGGAUCGCCAACAUGCCCCACGAGAGGCCCGGGUCGCCCUCCACCCACCACAUGCCCUCGCGCUCGGAGCUGGUGGAGCGCGAGCAGCGAUACAACCAGCUCUCCAGCCAGUACCUCAGCCUCGUCUCACACCUGGAGGCCCUAACGAGCUCAUCCGCCGCCGCUGCUGCUGCGUCCGGCGGCUCCUCGUCUGCCGCCACCACCGCCGCGACGUCAUCCACAAGCACCACGUCAGCUUCCCGCACGAUCGACCGAGGCACAGACCCCAUAGAACUCGGUGGCAGUGCGGCGCGGCAGAUGACCGAGGAACGCAGAGGUACCGGCGGAGGAGGCAGCGGCAGUGUUGGCAGCGGCGGGAACGGUGGCGGCAGCAGCAGUCAGGGGCCGCAGGACUCCACCAGCACAAGCGACCCACCCAGACCAUCCUCAGCCUUAUGGGGCGGGGGCGGCCUCGGGGGGGACACGGACGGUGGCGGAGCAGGGGCGGGGGAGGGCGAGGAGCGGGUGGAGGAGUCAUCCAGCUUGGGGGCGGCUCGUUCGCUGCGCCAGAUGGUGAGUGACGACAGCGCCUCCUCCUCAAGCCUAGACUCGUCCUCCUCAGCGACCUCUGGGGCUAGCCGAGCCUCGGAACGCAACACCCGACUCUCGCUCCUGUGGACGUCUCGGCUCCAUCGUCUGGGGCAAGAUUCCGACGGGGUGGCGACCGAUGCGACUCCUAACCCAUGGGAGCCCCGACCUGACCCCGCCGCCCCGCCCCCAGGCCCCCAGGGUGAUGACGAACGUGGGGGUAAUGAAGAGGAGGCUAGUACUGGGGUGUCAACGUCCACCCCGUCGCCGCUAUCCGGGGCACGGGGCGAACGGUCAAGCCUCCAUUGGGGUUACUAUUUCAAUCUAUCCGACCGCCCCGGGAUUCACGGCAGGCGACCAGGGCGGGUCAACCGGGGCAGAGAGAGAGCAGGGCCGCCGGAAGAUGCCCCGAGUCAGGCGAACGGGGCGGGGCCGGGGGUGGAGUCCAGGGAUGCUGUUGGCGAUCCGAGUGAUGUGACACAGCCCCCUCUGCCCCCCGGUCCUCCUCCUCUUCCACCUCUUCCACCUCUCCCUCCAGCCCCUCCACUGUCCCCUGUACCUCUUCUCCCCUCGCCUCCACUUCCUCCUCUCCCGCCUCUUCCGCCCUAUGAUCCACCGCUGCCCCCUCCCGCUCUGCCUUCUGAUCCACCCACCGAUCCACCAUUCUCGAGACUUUCCACCCAUGCCGAGCUGCCCGAUCUCUAUCCUACGCUGCCGCCGUCACCGCUCAACUCCCUAGCGGAUCUCUCGGCUGCUCCACAUCCACAUCCACCGUCGGAACGCGCACGCUCUCUCGCACGGCUCCUCUCUCUCCCCCCGCCCUCCACCCUUCUUCCACGUUCCUCCACCCCAUCCUCUGUCCCUCUCUCCUCGCUCCGUAAUCCCUCCCGGUCCGAUGCCCCCUCCUCUUCCUCCUCCUCCUCCACCUCCUCCUCCACCAAUCCACUCUCCUCCGACCGGUUCCGCUCUUCCAUGGCGCGGCUGCUCUCCCGCCAUCCCUGUAAUUACUUCUCCAGGUCCUCCACCUCGCACUCCGCCUCCACCCCCUGCUACUCCAUCCGAAAUCCAUCUCAUCCGCUCUUCAACACAUCCCUUGACACCAUUUCGGAUGACGCCUCGGGAUCCAGGGCGUCGUCAUCGUCGGGGCUGCUGGGGGCGAUCCGCGGGGCCGACCUUCCCCCGGGGCCGUCUGCCAGGUCACGCUCAGCCCUGGACUCACAGAUUGGGGUCCGGCUCCUCAGCAGACACAUCGUUAAUAUAGAACAGAUAUGCAUUGCCCUGCUGGAGAUCAACAACCACACCAGGGAGGAACAGAUGCUUCAGCAGAUCUGCCUCAUGCUCAACGAUAUCCAGGAACAGAUCCACUCUCUGCGGCUGCCCGAGGACUCCCAGGUGGUGGAGGACCUCGCCGGGGCCUUCUCCGAGACCCUGCCCACCCCGCCCCGGUUCAGGAGGAGGAGGGAGGAGAGGCGCCCAUCCCCCUUCCCGACCUACCUCCUCGGCAACAGUGAAUCUAGCGGCGGAGGUGGUGGUAGCAGUGGUGGUGGUGGUGGUGGUGCGGGGGCGGCGACGGCAGCGGCGGCGAGCUCCCCCUUCCUGCCUAGGGUACACCAGCGCACCUCCUCGGGCUACCUGUGUCCCCGGCCUACCCCGAGUUCAAGGUUACUCCGCACCUACCGAGGGAUGUACAGCCGGGGAUGUGAGGCGCGGCUACGCUCCUCCAGCUGCACAUGCUUCCAGAGGGGCGGCCAGGGGUGUCGACCAGGUGCUCACUGCCCCUCGCGCAGGUCCGACGGGGAGCAGCGUGGGGUGGUGGGCGGCACUGGGGGGGCAGUCAUCGGGCCCCUGCCGACGCCGCCCCCAGACCAGGGUACGGACGAGGAGCAGCCGAGGCAUAUCGUUCGUAUCGUCACUGGGAGCCACUACAGACAGGCCGCCUCGGAUCUCCAGGAGGAUCAAGGAGCCAACCAGGAGGACGGAUCACCAACUCCAUCUCCUCCACCUCUACCUCCACCUCCGCCUCCGCCUCCACCACCACCACCAGCAGAACCACCCAGUCAGUCACCUCCACUCAGUACAGCCACCACCACAGCCUCCACUUCUACAGCGAGCACCACCUCCUCUUCCUCUUCCUCCUCCUCCUCCUCCUCUUCCGCCAGUAACAAGGACUUGAGGAACAGUACGAGGCAGAGAUCGCCACCCUCACAGUCACCCUCCGAGACACAGCCGCCCCCCAAGACCAAGGUGCGGGUGGUGGUGGACACGGAGGGCCGACGCAAGAUCCAGCGCACCAUACACACCUCGGGGCUGAGUCAGGAAGGCGCCAGUGCUGAGGCAGGGAGCAGCAGCAGCAGUAGCACCAGCACCAGCACCAGCACCAGCACCAGCAGCACCAUCACCCCUAGCAACACUGGUGACAACAACAACAACAGUGGCAGUGGUGCGGUUGGCGGCGGCAGCGGCGGUGAGGUGAACAGCGGAGCACCGGGAGGAGCGGGAGCAGCCACCGCCACAGCAAACCGGUCCGCCCAGCAGCCGUUUAUGCACUUCCUGUACGACCAGAUACACAAACGUAGCCUCCACCGCCUCUCCAGCCGCCGAGCCGAGCGACCGUACAUGCGGGCAACCGGGCGGCGUGUGUGGCCCUGCGGCAGCUCACGGUACUCACACCUCCACGGCGGCCCAGAGGCGAGGGUGCAGGCUAUCCGGCGGCUCCUGGAACGCUACCAGAUCAGGGCGGAUACCUACAGCCCCUCCAGCCCUGCGCCGCGCCCCCCCGGCCCCCCGCCCUCAGCCCCCCCAGGCCUGGACGCCAUGGAGGAGGAUGCUGCUGUCCCCCGGCCCCCCAGACCCCCAUGGCGGUCCUCCGAGGGGCGUGCGGCCAGAUUCAGCAGCUUCUGGCAUGAGGACCUCCUGUGUAACGGCCCUCAGCCUCGGGGCGGCGCAGGAAGGAACAGCGCAGGGAACGGCAGUGGCAGCAGCAGCAGCAGUAGCAGUAGCAGUAGCAGCAGCAGUGGCAGCAGCAGCAGUAGUGGAAGCAGCAGGCCACUCAGGGCAGCCAUGCAGUCUGGGAGUCGCCGGAGAUACAGGGAGAUCCUCGAGGACGUGGUUGACCGCUUGCACCACUUGGAGAGGCAGGAGCGGGCGGUGGCAGCGGCAGCGGCGGUCGGGGCAAACAACAACAACAACAGUACUAGCAACAGCGAUGAACCAAGGAGCAGCAGGACGACGCAACACCAGCGGCUGACAGACCUCCGCCUCCUGGUACAGCUGACCCUCAAGCUGCUCUACAUCCUGCUCAGCUUCCUCUACAACCCCCGGAGGCUGUAUGAGGAGCGGCCCAUCUCGCGGCUCCCCAACCCCUUCCGCGAGGACGAGGCGGCAGGUCUAGGGAGUGGGGGUGUGGGCGAGGGGGGGCCGGGGCUAGACCUGCCUCCCCCGGCGGGUGACCACGAGCCCCGUGUGCCGGGGCUGACCACCUCGCUGGAGACGGUGCGGCGGGCCAUCGAGGCGCUGCGCCAUGACGUGGUGGGCGGCACCGGCCCCACCCCAGACCCCCCUGCAUCCUCUGGCUCUGGCACUGCCUCCACCACCACCCCAGAGCCCCGCAGCUCGGCCACCAACCUGCCCCGGCGCCUCAACGACUUCCUGAGGAACCUGGCGGCGCGGCAGCACCAGCAGCAGGAGCGUGGGGCAGGGGAGGGCGGGGCACGGGGUGGGGGCCUGCUGCCCCGCAGUGGCUCCCCAUGGCCCCAGCUGGUCAUCCCGCGCAUCACCCUCAGCGACCCCAGUGGCAGCGAGAGCCAGGUGGAGGAGGAGCAGGGCUCAGCACCCCCCGGCCCCGGCUCAGGCCCCACCUCACGCUCUGGCCCCAGCCUGGCGCGCCGGGACCAGGGGGAGUUCAGCACCCGCUCGGUGUCUGGGGUGCCCCUCAGGCUGCUGGGGCGGCAAUACGCCGUGGACCGCCGCAGCCCCGACUCAGAGGACUCAUCCGGCCCGCUGGACGGGGCGGGUGACGGCCCCGGCCAGCCCCCGGAGCCCUUCUUCCCCUGGCGGGAGCACCUGGCGCCUUUUGACAUGGGGCUGUCCCAGGGCCCCGAGUCGGCUAUGUUGUUCCGCAACAACCUGCCCCGCGCCCCGCCCGACCGGGGGGCCGAGCGGGAGGCCGACAGUAUCUUCAGCCGCCCCUACUUCACCCCACACCUCAGCUCCUGUCGGGGCAUGUCCACGCUGGGCAUCACGCAGCGCAUCCAGGCUUGGGACUUCACCCGCUGCCGCAUCCCAGACAUCUCGGACGGUGUGGCCAACGUGGUGGUGCGGAAGUGCAAGAUCCACAACGACGCAAGUGUGGACAUAUCCUCCGACGGCACCAUGCUGGCGGCCCUCAUCCCCGAGAGCCAGGCGAUGACCAUGGUUGGAGUGUACAGCCUUGAGGACCGGUCGUUGGGGCAGCUCCUGUACAGCUUCAUCUUCGCCCCCAACACCAUCUGUGUCAGCCUAUCCCCCAUGGGCCGUCAUCUGGUGGUGGGUUUUGCCUCGCACGUACCCCACCUCGUCACGCAGAACACCAAGCAGGUGGUUGCUCAGGUGUAUAAACUCCGCGAGAACUCCCUCUUCCAAGCCCGGGGUCAAACUGGGUACCUGCAGCUGCUGAGGGACAUUGAGGUCAGCAACGACAACCGACAGAUCUCCCUCAACUGCAUACGAUGGCUGCCACACCCCGGACAGGGCCUCAUCUACGGCACCAACCGGGGCCAGCUCAACAUCCUGCACUGAGCCUGGGGCGGGGCGGGGCGGUGGGGCGGAGCUAUUCGGGGUUGAGGGUGUCUUGUGGGGCAGAGUGUGUGCGAAAAUUUGGCUAUGCUGUAAGUUUGUAAGGUGUCCUGUGUGUGUGUAUGUAUGUGUGUGUUUGUGUGUGUGUGUGUGUGACUGAUAAAGGGGCUGAGAAUGGAACUAGUGUCUGUAUGGGGCUGUGUGAGGGCUGUUUGGGGGGCUAGAAAUGCCUGGUUAACUCCUAUAUGUGAAUGGGAAAGAAUGAGAGAAGGGCUGAUAGAGGGCUGAGAUGCUUGUGUGAGGGCUGUUUCGAGGGUCUAAAAAUGCCUGCUUAACUCCUAUAUGUGUAAGGCAGAGAACGAAAGGGCUGAUAUGGGACUGGGUAGAGAGAAAGGGGCUAAAAGGGAUUAGGAAAGGGCUACUGUCUUAUUAGCAAGAGGGCUGAGAAAUGGUCUAGUGUAGGUUUGGUUAGGUGAAUGGGGCUGGGGUGGGACAAAAGAGAAGGGCUGGUAGGGGGCUGAGAGAAGGGGGUCUGGGGGCUGGAUAGGGGUGAUAGCCUGGACUUGAAGGGGGCUGGAUAGGCUAUGAAAGAGUUAAGAAGAAAAUAAGUGAAAGAAGGGAGAGAGAGAGGGAGUGAAAGAAGGAAGAAAAGGAAAGAAGAAAAAUUACCAACAGCGAGAGAAGAAAAUUGCAUGAAGAAAAUAUUUGAAAGAAGGGAGAGAGAGGGAGCGAGUGAGUGAAGGAAGGAAGAAAAGGGAAGAAGAAAAAGAGGAAAGAAAAAAUAUUACCAACAGCAAAUGAAGAAAAUCACAUGAAGAAAAUAUUUGAAAGAAGGGAGGAGUGAAGGAAGGAAGAAAAGGAAUGCUAAGAAAUGACAAAAAGAAGAAAAGAUCAAAAGAAGAAAAUUGACCAACGGCAAAAGAAGAAAAUCGCAUGAAGAAAAUAUUUGAAAGAAGGGGGAGAGAGAGAGUGAGAGAGAGAAGGAAGAAAAGGGAUGCUAAGAAAUAAGAAAACGGAGGAAGAAAAAGAUAAAAAGAAGAAAAAUGACCAACAGCAAAAGAAGAAAAAUGCGUAGGAAAAUUAAUAACAAAGGACAGAGAGAGAGAGAGAGAGAGAGAGAGAGAGAGAGAGAGAGAGAGAAGUGAAGGAAGGAAGAAAAGGAAUACCAAGAAAUGAGAAAAAGAAGAAAGAGAAAGGGAAAAAAAGUGAUGAUUUGUAGUAGAAAGAAAACAAAGAAUGAGUUAAGAGUGACCAAGAGAGAGAGAGAGAGAGAGAGUAAAGGAAGGAAAAUUAGAAAUACCAAGAAAUGAGAAAAAAAGAACAAAGAGAGAAAGACAGAGAAAGGAGGGGAAAAAAGUGACUACCAAGAACUGACUCAUUGCAUAAAACAGGAAAAGAUGAACCAGUUAAGAUUAAGACAGACAAAGAGAGAGAGAGAGAGAGAGAGAGAGAGAGAGAGAGAGAGAGAGAGAGAGAGAGAGAGAGAGAGAGAGAGAGAAACGGAAGGAAAAUUAGAAAUACCAAGAAAUGAGAAAAAAAAGAACAAAGAGAAAGACAGAGAAAGGAGGGGAAAAAAGUGACCACCAAGAACUGACUCAUUGCAAAAAACAGGAAAUUAUGAACCAGUUAAGAUUAAGACAGACAAAGAGAGAGAGAGAGUAACGGAAGGAAAAUUAGAAAUACCAAGAAAUGAGAAAAAAAAGAACAAAGAGAAAGACAGAGAAAGGAGGGGAAAAAAGUGACCACCAAGAACUGACUCAUUGCAAAAAACAGGAAAUUAUGAACCAGUUAAGAUUAAGACAGACAAAGAGAGAGAGAGAGAGUAACGGAAGGAAAAUUAGAAAUACCAAGAAAUGAGAAAAAAAAGAACAAAGAGAAAGACAGAGAAAGGAGGGGAAAAAAGUGACCACCAAGAACUGACUCAUUGCAAAAAACAGGAAAUUAUGAACCAGUUAAGAUUAAGACAGACAAAGAGAGAGAGAGAGAGAACGAAGGAAAAUUAGAAAUACCAAGAAAUGAGAAAAAAAAGAACAAAGAGAAAGACAGAGAAAGGAGGGGAAAAAAGUGACCACCAAGAACUGACUCAUUGCAAAAAACAGGAAAUUAUGAACCAGUUAAGAUUAAGACAGACAAAGAGAGAGAGAGAGAGUAAAGGAAGGAAAAUUAGAAAUACCAAGAAAUGAGAAAGAAAGAACAAAGAGAAAAAGGAAAUGACAGUUAAGAUUAAGACAAAGAGAGAGAGAGGGAGGGAGGGAGGUCAGGGCAUUCUUUAUCAAACCAUAACAUAGAAAAAAGACAAAAAAAAAAGAUUGACCUAAAAGAGAGACUUGAGGGCAUUAAAACACAACUUGCGCUAAACAAAAAAAUAUAUAAUUGACGACAAAGUUCUAUACAGUUUCAAGGGGUAACGAUUCUACUUAAAGCAAUUCCUCGGGCCUGUCCAUAUUAAAAAAAAAAAGAUUGACCUAAAGAGAAAGACUUGAGGGCAUUAAAACACAACUUGCGCUUAACAAAAAAAUAUAUAAUUGACAAAGUCCUAUACAGUUUCAGGGUGACAACGAUUCUACUUAAAGCAAUUCCUCGGGCCUGUCCAUAUUAAAAAAAGAA